AUGUCAAACACCUCAGAUGACUGGUCACUGUACCCCUACAACCCGAACAAGCCAGCUCCGAUUGUCUUUGCAGUCCUUCUGACCGCACUUGGUGCCUAUCAGAUCUACCAGUCCUUCUUCCGGUACAGAUGGAAGAAGUUUGGCGCUGUGAUGUUAUGGGCCACGAGCGUGUGGAUAGCCGGCUUCGUUUGUCGCAGCAUCUCCGUCCACCAAGUGCGGAAUAUUGGACUCUUCAUUGCCCAAUACGUCCUGGUUCUGAUGGGCCCGCCGCUCUACUCUGCAGCUGAGUACUUCAUCCUCGGCCGCCUGCUCGCUUACCUCCCGUACUAUACUCCCAUCCAUCCCGGCCGCGUCUUCAGCACUUUCAUCUUCCUCUCUGCCGCAGUCGAAUCUCUCACAGGCUCAGGAGCAGCCAACAGCGCCGGAUCAGGUCGAACCGAAUCCCAGCGCAACAUUGGUCUUAAAUUACUCAAGUCAGCAUUGAUCCUACAAAUCUUUGUCGAAGCAUUCUUCAUCUCAAUCGUCGCAACGCUCGAGUACAAGGCACGCAAAGGCGGGAAUUUCCCCAAGAAUGUCCGCAAUAUCUGCUAUCUGCUAUACAUUACAAGCUCCAUGAUCCUGGUCCGCUGUAUCGUGCGAACUAUCGAAGGCUUUGAGGCUGGCUCUUGUGAUGCAGACAGGGAAGAUCCUUACUGCGGGCCUGUAUCGAGGAACGAAUGGUUCUUGUGGGUUUUCGAAAUCGCGAACAUUACGCUUUUCGUCAUAUUGCUUGCCAUCUUUCACCCUGGCAAGUAUUUGCCUCGAAGCAGUAAGAUCUUCUUGGAUCCUGUGGAUGGGAAGACGGAGAGACUGGGACCUGGUUUUUCAAAAGCAGAUAAGAGGCCAUUUUUGAUCACGGUUAUUGAUCCUUUCAAUUUCUAUGGAAUUCUGUCUGGCAAGGGAAUGGUGAUGAAUAAGUUCUGGGAGGAGCAUCAACCCAUUGAUGAUGGGGAGAAUGUGCAAGGACAGACUGUGAACACGAGGGAGGAGGGGAAGGCCAUGAGAAGCAGUGUCUAG